UUGCAACAAGAAGAAACAAUGGCGGACGAACACAGUAAUCCAGAAGUAGAGCAACUCAACUGGUAUCAUGGUCCUAUAACAAGACAUCAUGCUGAAGCUCUACUUAUGUCAAAUGGAGUUGAUGGUAGCUAUUUACUGAGAGACAGUGCUACAUCCAAAGGAGAGUACUCACUGUCCUGCAGGUGUGCCGAUUCAGUAAAACAUUUCCAGAUUGGUAGAGAUGGGGACCAGCAGUAUACAUUUGGCAUGGGCAAGUUCUCCAGCCUCAGUGAAUUUGUUCAGCACUUUGAAAACAAGCCAUUGAUUGGUGGAGAGUCUGGUGUUCUUACUCUGCUUAAGUAUCCCUACCCACGUGAUGUGGAUGAGCCCUCAACGUAUGAGAAAGUAAGGGUCCAUGCGGAAUGGGGCAAAAACCGAGCUAGCACUGAGAACUCUGCCGAGGGGCACGUACACUCUUUUGCAUCAAAAGAAGGCUACUUGACAAAGCUUGGAGGAACAAUCAAGAAAAACUGGAAGACUAGAUGGUUUGUGCUGAUCAAAAAUGAACUCAAAUAUUAUAAAUCAAAAGGAGAUAAAGAACCAAUCAGAUCACUGGAUUUAGAAGAAUGUCACGAGGUGGCAAAAGAGGACUCUGUAGGAAAAGCAAACUGUUUUAGGAUUGUGAUGCCAAGCAGGACAUUCUACUGCUUUGCAAACUCUUCCCAGGAAGCAGAGGAAUGGAUUAAAAUGCUUCAAUGGAAACUGGAAAAUUUGUCAUCAAGCAAUAAACGGCUUUCUACAGUUAGAUGACAUCAAAAUUCUAUUGUUCUUAGAAAAAUAACCUUAUCCAUAUUAACUAGAUAUGUAAAGUAUUAUUUAAGUGGAAAUGCAAGUCACAUCAGUACACAGUGCAAUUUAGUUUACAACCUGGAAAUGCAAUGAUUUCAGAUUUGAUGUAACAAAAAAAUUGCAGUGUGUGUCCAAGGACUGAGGACAGGGAGGGUAAGGUACAGCCAUGCAUCUGUCUUCAUCUUGCGUGGUAUGAUGAACAUUGUGGGUGAUUUACAUAUCACUGUGCCUAAAACUGUACAGACUUAAAAGAGGGAGGGUCCCUGGAGAUUCUUGCUUGAUACAAUAUUGAAUAACAAUAGCGACUUUUGAAUCUCACACGUGAAAUCAACACAAUUUGCUGUUGUGACGAAGCUGGUUUUAAUGGAUCAUGUUAAUUUCCACAACAUUCCAUAAGCAUGUCACCUUGAAAGAGUUGUUUUUCUACAAUGUACCAUUUCGUGGAAACGUUUUCAUCAAGGUCCACCAGAACCUUAUUAACAUUGUCAUGACAACAAAUUUUACGAUUACACACAGUCAUGUGAUUGGUAAGCAAUGGAAAGGUUACUUGUACAACCUUUAGCCUUUUCAAUUUUUAAUUUGCUGGAGACCAUGAUAUUACUGUAUGUUAAUUGAUAUACAAGCUGUGGACUAGACCUUGGGUAUAAUGACUGCAUGCUACUAUUUUGCCACUCAUUCUCUUCACGCACAGCUGUUAAACAAAGAAGCAAUACUCCAAGGAAUGAAGUGUUGCUUGAAAUGGGAAAAAAGUACACCCAAGGUAAAGAGGUCCAUUUUAAAAAGAGAAAAGCUUGGGCAUUACUAGUUAUGUAAUGGCUUUGAAUUGGGUGGCAUGCUGUGAAAUAUACCACAAUUAAGGCAUUUGAAUAAUUUCUUUGGGUGCACAAGCCAUCAGGCCUGUGUAGCAUACAAUAAACUGUAUGUUAUCCUAAGAGUCACUUUAGAUACGGACAAUUUGAAAAACGUUGUCGUCGAUCGUCUCAAGCCUACGCGACUAGACCGAAAGGAAUAUGGGUAAAAAUCACUGAAGGGUUUAAAUAUUCGUUCUGAAUUGAUUGUUCCCGCUAGUAAUAAGAUAAUAAUGGCGAGAAACAAUCCAUCAAAUGUAUGUCUUUAGUAGUUAUGAUUCAGUUCACAUGAAUUUCGAAAAUUUGAAGGCAUUAAGAAAACGUGUCCUUCAACACUUCCCGCUCGCCUAUGAAGGUUCGUGCUGUAAACCAGGCAUAUCUAGUCAGAUAAAAUUAUGGAGUCAACUCGGCUUCAAUGAUUGCUACCCAGAAUUCCUUUCGGUCCAGUCGCGUAGGCUUGAGUUGGUCGACGACAACAUUUUUUGAAUUGACUGUAAACAAGACUUUACCUUGAAGUGGCAUAUGAUGGAUAGAGGCACCCUGGGUACACAAGUCUUUGGUCGGGUGCGUGUAUAUAACUUAGAAAAUACAAGGCUAAUGAGAAUAUUCCAUUGGUGUGAGAUCAGAAAGUAUCAAGAACUGUUCUAUCCCAUACCAUAUAAAACUCCAGCACAUGAUGGGAAGAAUGAAUGCAAUACUGACAAACUACAGACUUUCUGUUUGUCUGUAUGUUCUAUAUUAGUAUGGGAUAAAACAGAUAAUUUUAAAUGAUAUAUGUUACUGGAUAACUAAAAAACAUGUGAACUAACUAUAAAACAAAUUUGAUUUCAAUUCAACAUU